GUAGACAGCGCGCGUGGUGGCGACAUCACGCGUGUAGAGCUUUACGCUCAACAAUUUAAUUACGAAGUUUACUUACGUUUAGUCUUACUUGUGUUUUAUAUUUUUAUACAUAAAUAAACGUGUGUAUUGUGGCCUAUGGGGUGAUUUCAGUGUCGGUCUUGUGUCUCGCUCUGUUGUGUCGGAUCAAAGGAAAAGGAAGCUUUAUUAGUGCAGGAUUGUUUUGUUAUCGUACUUUUCUUCGGUGUCCCUUUUGGAGUGAAUUGGGGAAAUAAAAUCACUUCGAUAUCUUGUGCAUACAAGAACAUCACUAGUCUCGUAAACGGCCGCCCACAGAGCGAUAACGAACAUCCCGUGCAGAGUGAAAUUAAUCUGGUUCACGCAUCACGGUAGACGGAAACCGCACGAUAACGUGCUAUGAGGAAACAUUAGAAGAAUGCCUGCCAAUGCUCAAUGUAUCGAAACCUAAGCUUUAAAUACGAAACGAAAUGGACAUCCCGGAGCCAAAUUAUCGAUAUUUCAAAAACGAAAAGUCAAUGAGACAUUCCACUAUCGGGAUUUCAAUGACCGAUGUAGAAAGUAGAAUACCAAAUAUGGUUCAAUGCGAGCUCGAAAACGAAUGUUCUGGUGUGUGUCGAAGAAGAUCGAUUAUCAAAGACGUAAAUGGUGAAACAAAGAUGGCCGCCGGGGUCGAUUUAAAAUUCAGAAGUGGGAGAGUGUGUGCGGGGACAUUUAGGACAAUGUGGGUGCGUUUGUGUGUUGUUGUUGUGCUAAUGUUGUUGUUGGUCGAAGUAAGAGGCGCCCCUUCAAGGAGUCGAACGGGGAGGAGUGCAUAUCAGAAGAAUCCGCGGAGCUACCUUGAACAAUUUGGCUACUUGAAGAGAGGUCAACCAGAAGUCGGCAACCUUUUGAUGGGGGAUGUCUCGCAGUCUUACGAAGAUGAAUUUAGGAUUGCGAUCAAGACAUUGCAAGAAUUCGGAGGAAUCAAGGUAACAGGUGAAAUAGACGAAGCAACCAAAGAGCUGAUGAUGAAGAAGCGGUGUGGGCGACCCGAUCGAGAGCCGGGUGAUGAAAAUGGGAGGAGGAAAAAGAGAUUCGCGGUGCAGGGUGAGAAGUGGAAACAUACGAAUUUGACUUGGAGUUUGUCGCAAGUACGCCGACCAUCCCUGUUGAACCCGCACGAGACGAGGGCUGUCCUGGCUCGAGCCCUGGACGUAUGGCAACAGGCUUCCAGACUCACCUUCACAGAAGUUAACUCUGACGAUGCAGAUAUCGUCGUGUCCUUCGCUAAACGAUAUCAUGACGAUUCGUACCCCUUCGAUGGCCGAGGUUCAAUUCUCGCACAUGCCUUCUUUCCUGGGACGGGCCGUGGUGGUGAUGCACACUUUGAUGAUGACGAGCUAUGGCUGCUGCAGCCGAGAAAUGAUGAUGAAGAUGGAACAUCAUUGUUUGCAGUGGCCGCGCAUGAGUUCGGACAUUCUUUGGGCUUAAGUCACAGUUCGGUCAAGGGUGCUCUGAUGUUUCCGUGGUAUCAAGGUAUUCAGCCCAACUUCAAGUUACCAGAAGAUGACCGCAAUGGUAUACAACAAAUGUAUGGUCCAAAAGUAAAGCAAACAUGGGCGAGGAUUCCUUAUUACCGUCCAGCAGAGACACCACCACCGACCACCACAACGACGACAACCACAACAACAACUACUAGACGCCCCUACGUUCACCACUACCACCCAGAAAGACAUCCCAAUCACCGUCCCUACACCCCGCAAUACCCGCGCGACCCAAGCAGAUACCCUGCAUACUAUCCGAAAAGACCAACCUAUCCGGAAAGACCACACCAUCCGGAUCGUCGCCAUAACAACACUGAUGAGCAUCCUAGACGCACCCACAACCAUUACCCUCGACCAACGGAAACCACAACUCAGCCUACAACGUAUAGGCCACGGUAUCCGAGCGUCAAAGACGAGUAUCCGACACGACCUCGACCAAACUAUCCGACCGAUCCUAAUCAAGACUAUCCGAGAAGGAAACCUCAUUAUCCUGUCAAGACAACUACAACUGUGAAACCGAAGGUUGCAGACAAACCCGACAUUUGCGAUACUAGCUAUGACGCUGUCAGUGUGAUUCGUGAAGAACUCUUCAUAUUUAAAGACUUGUAUCACUGGAGAAAAGGUGCGCAUGGACUAUAUUCGGGAUACCCUAUUGAAAUUACCAGAAUGUGGGCUGAUUUACCGAGCAAUUUAACUCACGUUGAUGCUGUUUACGAAAGACCAGAUCGUAAAAUUGCUAUUUUUGUUGGUAAAGAACUAUAUCUAUUCAAUUCACAAUAUUUGGUACCAGGCUACCCUAAGAAAUUAGUUCAACUGGGAUUACCUUCUAGUUUAGAGAAAUUAGACGCGGCUAUGGUUUGGGGUCACAAUGGAAAAACUUAUUUCUACAGCGGAACUAUGUAUUGGAAGUUUGAUGAAGAUAUCGGGCGCGUUGAGCUGGAUUAUCCCAGAGAUAUGGCAAUGUGGAAAGGAGUUGGCUACAACAUCGACAGCGUAUUCCAGUGGAAAGACGGUAAAACCUAUUUCUUCAAAGGAAAAGGCUUUUGGAAAUUCAACGAUGUGCUUAUGCGAGUCGAACAUGAGAAACAGAAUUCAUCAGCUCAAUACUGGAUGGCGUGUCCUAAAGAAAGAGCUGGACGAAGAGCACCAUUCCAGGCCUUGCCAGCACCAGGCUCGACUCUGCGCUCACCUAGUCCUGCUGGAAGAAAUGCUCCAAACCCCUUCAUAUGUAUUGCUCUCCUAGUACUUUUAAUUGUAAAAUCAUUAAUAAAAAACGCAUGAAAAUAUUUAUAGAUAAAUCGGCUAAACAAGUACAUAUCGAGUCUAUGUCUGAUUUUAUGCCUAGAAUAACAAAUGCGCAAACACUACACUGCCUUUAAAUAUUAGUAUUAUUAAAGUAUGCCCUCAUAUUAUAAUAACUAUUAAUAUAUUAGCUUAAUAGUUAAAUGUAGCGAUAAUUUUCGUUAGUCGUAUAUUAUGUACAAUUUGAUCUCAAUAUGAUCGAGUGCUUGUUUUGUGAACUGUAAGGUAUAUAACACCAUUUCUUUAGCUGUAUUAUACUGCUGUGUCGUGUCUUGACAUCUAGUUUGGGAUUGAAGCUAAUUCAAGACGAAUACACACAUUUAAUCUUAUAACUACUUACAAAUAGAUAUUAUCUGUAAAUAUAGUAAUAUUUUGUCAUAUAACUCUACAGAUAUAUAUUUUUCUGAAGUCGUAAUAAAAUUCCCAUAGAAUGCCUUAAUAAUAUAAGAUGUAGUUGAAAAAUGAAUAUGUGUGUAUAAAGAUAAAUAUUUACUUAUAGAAUUAUACAAAUUGUAUAACAAUCAUGCUGGUUAGCGGUUCACAUUAUUCGGUAAUUUGUAAAAUAUUAUAUUAUAGAGACAUUACAGUAAUGAUAGCUUUGUAAAGUGUAAUAAUUAUUUUAUCAUUUACAUAUAUUCUAUUUUAUAAUCAUCUCUCUCCUAUAUCUAAGUACUAUAUAUUAUAUAACGAUUAUGUAAGUACCUAUUGCGAGAUAUUAUUAAUAAUCUAAUGCUUUUUAUACAAUAGUUUAACUAUAAUUAUAGUAAGCCAUCUUUAUUAUAUAGUUAAAAUAAAUGAAUACUGUAACAUCUAAUAUCUGUCAGUAAUUGCUAAUCGUCAAAGUAACAGAAUUUUUCGCUUGCAAGCUAUACAAUAUAGAAACAUGGCUAAAUAUAAGGUAAUUUUAAGCAAGUAAUGGAUAUAAUAUAUAUAUAUAUAUACUUGUUUAAUCAUAAUUAUUAUGGUGCUUUAUAUCUAGAUAGAAUUGUACAGAAUAAAUUUACAGUUUAGAUUCAAUACCGAAGUGUCAUAAUAAAUAUAAGUUGCCUAAUGCACUACUGAAUUACACAAAAUAAUAUAUACUGCGUUGGGGUUUGUUCGGAAGUGAUAGAUGGGGUGAGAUCAAUAUACUCUCAACCUAUCUAUCACUGUUUUUAAUUUUAAUAUAGGUAUUCAAAUUAUUAACAAAUAAGGAGCUCUUUUUAACUAUAACCAACAUAAUGUGCAAUGCUAUUUUUAUCGGGCCCCGCCAUUAGUCAGGCCGCACCCCAGAAAUAUAUUUGUGGCUCCACAUUUUUUAACGCACCACAUAACGCUUCCAUAUAACUGAAUGGAAGUACACACAAAAGGCACGUAUGUAGCCGUAUGUAGCACGUGUGUGUAGUGUUCAGCCGUUUGUGGAGGAAUCAAGCGUGGCACAAGUAUGUCCGUUGUGCGGCCCGACUAAAUCCGCGUUAGCUUUUUAUUUUAUCAUGAAUCUAAGGUUUACAAACUAUUUAUAAGUUUACAAGGUAGUACAGUCUUUUCUCGCUUACCUCCGUUCUUUCACUGGCAUUUCUUAUAAGCCUCAACGUUAAGCAAGUAUAAAACUUUACUAUAAAUAUUUGUACAAGAAGUACCUAAAUUUAUUUUAUUUGUUCUUACUUUAUUUAUAAAAGGUUUCCUACCUAUUAUAUUAACUAAUAUAAAAAUAAUCCGACGUAACUUCGACGCGUUUUAAGUGUAUAAGAGACAAGCUGGUGUGAAGAGCUGUCUUUAGUAAUAAGCUGAGUUCAUAUAGAUACGCCCAAGGAAAGCAUACAAACGAAGUAUAAAGAUUGUUUGUACGUUUCGUGUAUGUGAACAAGGGCUUACGUGACAAGUUAAGUUAAGCGUAAUUAAUAAAUUAAUAUUACUUAAGGAAAUAAAUCCAUCAUCACAGAUAAAUAAGUACAUGAAAAUCAACAAUCAGUGAAUGUAUACUUAUAUCUAAUAUAGUAUCUUUUUAAAAAUUUGCUUCAUAAACCACUGUGGCGUAUUUCUUUAGUUUUUUUCUUUUCCAUUUAUAUAGGUAAGUAUAAUAAACAGAGUGAUAUGUCAUUUAAUUCAAUAAAUAUAACAAGUGAAAAUUACCAGCCUAGCGAAACUCUCCAAGAAUAAAGCGAAUCACUCGAAUGUAUAAAACGUGCAGUCAUUGAUAGAUUGACACAUGAAGGCUUUAUCUUGGAAAAAAUAGAGAUAGCCGAAAUCCACUACUUUUUUAGCAUAUUAUGUUCGCUUUCAAACUUAGCCAGAUUAUUAAUAAUACUACUAUCAAUACGUCGCCAAUCGCUAUUCUGUAAAUACUACUAUUUCAAACUUACGUCAAAUCACUGCACGUUUCAUACUUUGAUAUAAUAUUAUAAUUAACAACGAAAAUGUUAAAUAAUAAAUGACUAAGAUAUUGUAUGUAGGUAACCCUUAACAGCUCAUACAUUUUAAAUACUUUUUUAUCAAUCUCUUGAAACUUGAACAUCGAUAUUUGCGAAUUCAACAUUCGCGAACAUCUUUCUGAGCGAAUACCUACCGGGGGAGCAGGGGCAUAAUUUCACCAAAUAAAUAAAUAAAUACGUCUGUUAAUUUUAACUACCACAAUGAAUGGACUCAAGAUGGCGGAUUAGACUGUACGAAGAUUGUAGAUAUACGUGGAAAAUUGAGAAAUCAUAAUACCUAAGUAUAUGAAUAAGUUACGUAAUAUGCAGUAUCUAGAAAACAUGUUUGGAAUAGUAAAUAACUAUAGUUUUUUAUACCUAUCUAUUAAUGAAACAAAGCACUCUUAUUAAUUAGAUUUAAUUUUAGAAAAUUUGUGACUUGUAUUAGUUAAAAUAUUUUUGUUACUUAGAUACUCUUGAUUUGGCUGGUUUCAUUAUUAUAAAAAUGUUUAGGUAAUAUCCAUGUGUUUAACAUGCUCGGAUUUGGUACGGCCGGACCAUCGGACGGUCCGGUGGCCGACGCCAGGUGACGCUUUUGACACUUAACAGCAACGUAGCACAGAUAAUGUUUAGGUUUGAACAUAUUCCAUUCACACUAACAUCGUAAAAAAAUCAAAAUAUUAGUCUAUGGUAACGAUAAACGAUAAGGAAUUCGAACAUUUGUUAGAGUAGGGUAGUUGCGAUAUAUUUGGAGUAUUAUCGUAUCGUUCCGAAUGUAUCGUUGUCGAUUUUGCGAGUAGACCUCCAGGACUGGUCUGGCGUCGUACUCAGUUCUUCAGUACAGUCUGGAAGUAAUAAUAAUAAUUUUGUGUGAUAGACAAUGUGACAUACCUACCAUCUAAUGUUAUGGACCGCUACCGGACCUCGUCCGAUGGUUAUGCCGUACUAAGACCGAGCAUGUGUAACUUAAAACACCGAAUCAAAUGUAUUACCAGCGGAUGACAUCUGCUUCAUUUAAAAUUAAAUAUUUACCUACUUUAAAAAGUCCGAUGUAUUUAUAACUAUUCUGAUGCAAUAUUUAUUUUGUAGUUAAUUUGAAAUUUCAUUGGUCACAAAUGAUAUUAUAAUAACUGUGAUAUUUACUUUUAUAAAAUGCCAUUCUUAAUUGGCAAUAAAGAGAUCAAAAUUUUUUACUCCAUUAAUACCUACAAAAAUAUAUUGCGUAGGUAAACGUUAUCUUAAGUAUUAAUAAUUUAUAGGUGACAUAACAGGAAAAAUAAAAAUUAUAUUAAUGA